AUGUCGUACAAUCCGUACGGAGGUAGGCCUUUCUGGGCCCCAUACACUCACUUCUACUCACCCGAACUCUCAGCAGGAAAUCCUUACGGGCCUCCUCCGAGCUAUGGCGGCUUCCCAGGAUCGAAUGCCGCGCCUGGCAUGGCUCCCCCACCUGGUUUAGGCCCUCCGCCAGGCAUGUCUUCCGCUCCAGGAAUGGCACCACCUCCCGGUGUCCAACAACCCAACAACGCACAAGCUAACCGACAAAGCGGCCUGCCGCCCAGCUUCCAAGCUCCCGCGAACCUGCCCAACAUCAACUUCAGCGCCCCCGUCAUCCGACUGGGAACCAUAGGCGCCAAGCCGGGUGUCCCUGAGUUGGGAAGGAAGGACAGCAAUGCGCAGACUGGUGGACGGCCAGGUCUGGGCAUGGACCGUGGUCUUGACCAGUCAAGAGCCGCAGCUCGAGAACACAUGCAGUCAUUGGUGCCACCUACCAAUGAAGAAAAGCUACGCACAUUGUUCAUCCACAAGAUCCCAGAUGGCGUUGGCGGCGAUGACGGCGUCGAAAGGCUUCUCAACGCUGUGGGAAAACUACGCAGAUGGGACGCUGCGGUCUCUGUUCUGUCGGACGGCAAGGGUACAAAAUUUGGUUUUGCACAGUACGAGGACCCCGACUCCUUUUCAGCCGCUGUCGAUAUACUGCAGGAUGUCAAAGUCCCUCUGAAGCGCCAGAAUCCUGCCGAAGCCCCUCCCUCCGCCGCCGACGACGACGACACAUUUGACGGUGUCGAGAUGGUCAAACUUCAGGUUACAGUCGACCCGAACUCCCUCAAGUACCUCGAAUCUUACAAGGAGAGCAGAGGCGAUGACGGCGCAGCUGAAUCGAGAGUCCAUGCUGCAAGGACAGCGUUGAGGAACGUGGUCAGGGAUCUCGUUUAUCCCAAGACAGCGGUGACCGACGGCGAAGGCGACAUCGCGAUGGGCAAUUCAGGCGAAAAUGUUGAGGUUGUCAACAUUCCUCUCGCACAAGACGAUGAGCUUGCAGAUAUUCCUGCCGAGAUGCGUGAAGUUGUCGCUGCUGAGAUCGCAGCCUUCAGAGAGCGCAGUAACAAGCGAGACAUGGAACGUCUGAAGCGCGAAGAGGAAUUGGAAGAGAUGGAGCGAAACCGAAACGGCCCUUCACGCCCAUCCAGACUGGACUCGCCGCCACCAUCCAACUCCAACAACAUCCCCGUCGGCCCUCGGGGUGUACCGAAUGCUCCGUCAGGCCCUAGGGGCCAGAAUGGCACCCGGUCAACGUCUUUCGUUAAUGGCGGCAUCUCAAACACCGACUUCUCCGUCAACCGAGAGGAUGAAGACACAGACGCCGAUGAUGAAGAGCUCUACCAAAGGGAACUUUCCAAGCAAAAGUCCGAGGAGGAGAAGAUGUACCUUGAGGCAGAGCGAAAGUGGGUGAAUCGAGAGCGCUCCCGAGCAGCAGCUCUAGAACGAGAGAAGGACCGCGAGAUUCAAGAAGAGGAGAGCUUCGAGAGACGGGCGCAAGAACAGUUGGAGAGAGAGAAGGCCUGGGACGACGAACGCGAAGCCUCCAGAAAGAACCACCUUUACUACCGCGACCACGCUGCCUGGGUGAAGAAACGACAAAUUGAGAGGGCCGACGAACUGGCUAGAGACGAGGCGGACCGCAGAGCGGAGGAGGACGAGCGGCGCAGAGAGGCGGCAGACAUGGAGAAGGCGCGUGGCAUGGCCGAUUCGUUCCUCGACCAGCAGGCUCAAGAGAUGGAGCAAAGGCAGCAAACCACUGUCUCCGCGCCAGCGCCUUUCAAGUUGUCUCUUGGUGCCGCUGCUCAACGUUCACAAGCACAGCGUGCCGCUCCGCAACGGCGUACUGUUGCCGAAGUGGAAGGCCUUCUCGAUGACGAGGAGCAGGAUGGCACCGCCAAGAGACAGCUCAUUCCCAUCCAGUUCGAGCCUACGACUGCUGCAGACAAGAUGACGGAGGAAGAAAUCAGCAAAGCCGUUCGCGCACUUGCACAGGAAAUUCCGUCCGAGAAAGAGGGUUUGUGGAAUUGGGCCGUGCAGUGGGACUACCUGGACGACGCCAUCAUUCGCGAGAAGCUUCGGCCGUUUGUCGAGAAGAAGAUCGUCGAGUACCUCGGUGUGCAAGAAGAGCUGCUGGUCGAGGUCGUGGAGGAGCACUUACGCAAGCAUGCCAAACCCUCGGAGUUGGUUGAGGAGCUUGUUCCAGCUUUGGAUGAUGAAGCGGAGGACAUGGUCAAGAAGUUGUGGCGCAUGGUCAUCUUCUUCACCGAGAACUGGGAGCAUCAGGUCUUGGACCUACCACAACCUCUGAAUAACGAAAGCCGGACCUCCCUCGCGUCUGCGUCGGAACCGAGCCAUAUCGUCGGGUCACGUUUCGCUUACGCGCAAUAUGCAACAGACUUGAACUAUCUCUGUAAUGCGGUCAUCAACUUCAACCGCCUUGAGCGGCUUGGUACCAGCCACGAUAUGGUCCUGAUUUUUCCUGAAUCCUGGACGAGCGGCACUUCGCAACAGGCCAAGGCGAUCCGUAAGGUUCAUGUCGAGUACCCCGAAAUCGUGCUGCGGCCCUUCGAAUAUCUGCGCAUCUCCAAGACGAAAGCGAGCGCCACCUGGGCCGACAGCCUCAAUAAGUUCCACGCUUUCGAUCUCGGAGAGUACGAACGUGUUUUGUUGUUUGAUUCGGAUACCCAGGUUUUGAACAGCAUGGACCACAUCUUCUCGUCACCCAAGGCCGCCGUCGCCUUGCCUCGCGCGUACUGGCUGAAUGAAAUCGAUACGCCGGUUUCUGAGCAAGUUUUGAGCUCUCACGUCAUGCUCAUUGAACCGAACGAGAGCUUGCAUAAGAAGCUCGUUAAAGGCUCGCUCUCGUCGGGCAAGCUAGACAUGGACUUGGUGAACAGCAUGUUCAAAGACAGCGCGACAAUCUUGCCGCACCGGCGGCUGGCACUUCUGACGGGAGAAUUUCGCGACAGCGAUCAUCAGAAGUACCUCGCACCCGGCAACGACAGGUGGGAUCCCGUGAAGGAGGCGUCGAACGCAUAUCUGGUACAUUUCAGCGAUUGGCCCAUGCCAAAACCUUGGGAACCGCGCACGAAGGCGCAGUGGGAGGCCGCGUUACCUGGAUGUACAGACGAGGGGGCGAACAGCACCGAUCAACCACAAUGCGCCGACCGCCUUGUGUGGACUGGAUUUUACGAAGACUACGAUGCCGAUAGGAAGCGAUAUUGCAAUCACUGGGGAUGA